AGUAUGAUCAGAGAUUCAAGCGGAGUUGUCUGCGUAUCGGUCUGCACUAACCUGUCUGAAAAAGUCGCGGAAAAUCUCGUUUUCCAGAUCAUUCGAACAUUUUUCCAAGUGGAACCGCAACGAUAUGUGCCUCGAAUGCAAGAUGGAAGUCACAAGAUAUGGCUAAAGGACCAAGAUCUAGAUAGAUUUCAUCUAUCAUGAGUAACCAAGACGAGACUGCUAGCCUAUUAAUAGGUCAUCCAACCCUCACUAGUGCCUCUUCCACAUCGAAUUAUUCUAAGCCAGUUUUGAUGAGACAGGAAUGUACGACAUUUCUGGUUUCCUCACAUCAUCCUCAGCUGUCAGUUUUCUCCGACAGCGAGGAAGAUGGUUCCAUCUGCAUUGAAGAAAAUAACACCAGAUCUGUUCCUGACAUCGAACUCCAUUGCAGACUCGAUAUCAAGGGAUGCAAGCCAAAUCUUCCUUCAAUACCAAUACGGAAUAGGAGUUCUUCAAAUGCAUUUCAACUGGCUCCACAUUCAUCUCCAAGAAACUAUUUAGAACGUAGGACUUCACACACUCCAGCCUCCAUCUUGAGGAUAUGCAAAUCUGUUUCCAGAGAAAGCAUGAACUCAAUACACCAGUGCAACUGUCCUUGUCUCAACGCCCCGAUGUCAUGCAGCUUGUGCCCGGACGACCAAUCAGUAUUACCUUCCCUGCAAGGAUCAAGGAUAAUCAGGCAAAGCUCCCAGCCGGAAGCUUCAAAGCCUUGCUGCGGUAAGAAUUGCAUACACGGAACAACACCAUCAACAUCCUUAAGGCAACUAAGGGACCACAAUGACAGGGAAGGAGGUAUCGCAAUGAUAGCUGCUGAUUCCCUUCGUAUCAACGGUGCUAUGAGAAAUUUUCGACAGCUUCGAAAGCCUGUUUCGACAAUCUCUAUACCUGGAGCGGUAAAAAACUCCAGUAAGGAUUUUGGGACAAGAAUGCAACAAGAAGAACCUGGUGUUGCACUUGUUGGUCAUGCAGAAUAUCCCAGGUUCAUAGAAGAUCGAAAUCUUGGUGGUAGCGUUUAUAAAGGUCCAUCAUCAGGGAGUCUCAAGCACAAACCCAAUGUUGGCUAUAGAUUAGGAAGACGGAAAGCACUCUUCGAAAAACGUAAGAGAAUAAGUGAUUAUGCUCUGGUGAUGGGCAUGUUCGGUAUUAUAAUAAUGGUUAUAGAAAAUGAGCUAUCCAGUGCGGGAGUGUAUGGAAAAGAUGAAUUUUACUCCAUCGCACUGAAAACCUUAAUAUCUGUUUCGACUGUGAUCCUCUUAGGCCUCAUCGUAGCGUAUCAUGCUUUAGAAGUUCAGCUGUUCAUGAUAGACAAUUGUGCAGAUGACUGGCGAAUUGCUAUGACAUGGCAAAGAAUUAGUCAGAUAACAAUGGAGUUAGUGAUAUGCGCAGUACACCCGAUACCUGGCCAAUACAGGUUCGUCUGGACUACAAAAUUAUCGAAUAGUAAAAAUGGAAUGAUAGGCUCAAAGAGUGUACCCUACGAUGUUCCUCUGUCGCUACCCAUGUUUCUUCGUCUCUAUCUCAUCUGCAGGGUGAUGUUGCUGCAUAGCAAACUGUUCACUGAUGCCUCUUCUCGUAGCAUAGGAGCUUUGAAUCGCAUCAAUUUCAACACUAGAUUCGUACUGAAGACACUGAUGACCAUUUGUCCAGGAACAGUGCUUCUCGUUUUUAUGGUUUCGUUAUGGAUUAUUGCUAGUUGGACACUUAGACAAUGCGAGAGAUAUCACGAUGAGGAGCAUGCAAAUCUUCUCAAUGCCAUGUGGUUGAUAGCUAUUACUUUUCUCAGCGUUGGAUUUGGUGAUAUUGUGCCAAAUACGUAUUGCGGUAGGGGAAUCGCAGUAAGCACAGGAAUAAUGGGAGCAGGUUGUACAGCAUUAUUGGUAGCAGUUGUAUCUAGAAAAUUAGAAUUAACUAGAGCUGAAAAGCACGUUCACAACUUCAUGAUGGACACCCAAUUAACAAAGAGGUUGAAAAACGCUGCGGCCAACGUACUCAGAGAAACAUGGUUGAUUUACAAACAUACGCGCCUUGUCAAAAGGGUCAACCCUGGUAGGGUUCGGACUCACCAAAGGAAAUUUCUUCUAGCUAUAUACGCUCUUCGGAAAGUUAAAAUGGAUCAGAGAAAACUUAUGGAUAACGCUAAUACGAUAACCGAUAUGGCCAAAACUCAAAAUACUGUUUAUGAGAUAGUCUCUGACAUAAGCACCCGCCAAGACACUGUAGAGGAAAGAUUAACAACAAUGGAGGACAAGUUAGUAGCUCUGCAAGAACAGCUUGAUCUUUUACCUGACCUAUUAGCCAAUCGCAUACAAAUACAGUCUGAGAAAAAUGAACAAAGGCGUAACUUCUUGCACCCGGAGUCUGCAGCUGGCCUUCAAACAGCCCGAAGCGUUCCUCCUACCUAUCCAUGGCCAGGCACCACCAUCUCUUCUUUUGCCAAAGUAACUACAACAACAGGAGGACAGAGCUGAUUUUUCAGAAGAUACCUAAGACGUUAUUUAGAUAUAAAUAUCAUGAAAAUGUGUUUUUAUCCGGUAUUAUGGGUACAAAAAUUUAUCUGCGAAUUUCAAAAAUACUUCAUACGCUAGUCUAAGAAUAUUUUAUAUACGAAAAACAAAUUGUUUUAAAUUCUCAUCGCUGAUGAAUGAUUGAAAGGAUAUUCGAAGGUAUCUUUCACGAUAUAGUUAAAUCUAUUUUCAUUCAGCUGAAAUUUUCAUUUGAUAACCCUGCAAUGUGCCAGUUCAAAUGUCGGCUUUAGAAGCAAUAUUCCAAUUUAAAGAAAAAAUUAUAACACAGAUGUUCAUAAUUGAUAAACACCAAAAUGUUUUCUCAAAUGGAAAAACACCACGUAGGUCCCAGUUAACAAAGAGAACUGUAGAAAAUUCGAAAUGCCAUAUUCACUCAAUCUUUUAGAUAUUAGAAAGUAGGUAACAUUCAAAAUUCCCUUCAAAAUAGUUAAAAAAAAUAGUUUUAUCUCAUUAUCGAUUGAGAUAAUAUAUUAAAUAAGAACAUUUUAGAUCUUCUACAGUUUUCCUACUCGGAUUCAGAAAUUGACCUGAAAAUGCCAAGCCUUGAAAAUUAUAAAAGAAAUGUUAUUUUCAACCACUUGAAAUAAUUGAAGCAAAGCAAUAUGAGAUGCAUAUACGUAUUUCAUUUCAUAGUGUCCAAUGUUUGGAUAAAUCGCUAGUUAUUUUAGAGAGAACGUUCGUAAGUUUUCGUCAAUUAUUUAAGUGAUGAGCUGAAUCCUUGAAAUUUAUAGGAAUAGUUCAUAGAGAUUUUUGAAUAACGUAGUUAAUUUAGUCAUUUAUGGUGCAUAUACUAAAAAAUAUGAGAUUCAUUGAAAUUUUAGAGCCUUAUUAUACACAUACAGUGAUUAUUAGAUAUAAUGCUAGUAUAUAUUUAUGUUCAAGUCAUAAUCAAUUAAGUAUAUUAUCAGUCGAGAAUGACAAAAAUGGUCUUCAUUCAAAAUGCAAUAUAAAAAAUUCAAGCAGAGGGCAAAAUAGGAAACCAAAUGCGAAAAUAAAGAGAGAUAGGUGACAUGUAAAAAAAACUCUGGUGCUACUACGGUAAGGAGAAUAAAGACAUUCAUGAUCGAACAAUUGUAAAUAAUAUAUAACAUAAGAAUAAGUUUCUUCUUUGUGGGUUAUCAUGACUAUAAAAACCUGCAAAAAAUGUACAUAUAAUUCAAACAAUUUUAUUUGGUUUCUAUCUUGUCACCUUCAUGCAAUGUUUGUUUUCAAACAAAACUUCCAUCCAUAACGGUCUAUUUUAACAAUGUCAACAUACUUAUAUUAAAAUUCAUUUUGUCAUUCUCCGUGAAUUCAGACACAAAAUAAUGAAGGAUCGAAAUUUAUAAGCAAGUAUAUUUUGAAUCGAUCAUUAUCUUAAUCCAUAUAUUUUAAUUUUAUUCCACCUUAGUUGAAUAUGUUAUAAGCAACAGUGGUAUGGUUGAGAUUGAAGAGGAUUGUUUCUUGCUCUUGAUUUUCUGAUGAUUUGGCAUAAAUGAACAUUCCAUGUUUCUCCCUUAUUCAAAUAGAGGUCAAUCCAUUUUUGGCUUACCAUAUUAAUUUUCCAGAUGUAAUUCCAAAUUUAAGGGCUACUAGAAGAGCAGGAAACAAUGAAUUUAUAUUGAAGUUUAUUUUACUGAUUUUUAUCAUUGAAAAUCCUGGGACUUGAAAAGUAACACGCUCAAAUUAGAAUAAUUGUCGUAAGACAGUUUUCUCGUUAUUUAUGUGUCAAACCUGUUGAAAAGUUCUUGAGGUUCACUGAAUUCAAUAUAUUUAUGAUUUUUGACUCGAAUAUUCGGGAGGUUUUUGAGCACAAUUUUCCCUCAAGAUCAAAACAUGAUGAUCAACAUUUUGAGUCGACAAAAACAGGUGUGAUAAACAUGGUGCACCUUCAACAUUAUAAAUAUAUAUUCAGAGGUCCAAACUGUUGAGAUAUAAGAUUUUUUUGCAACGUCGCAAGUUUUAUAAGCAUAUUAUAAUAAAUCAUUUACUAUAUACUCUAUGAUAUAUGAAAUGUAUCUAUGCGUAGUUAAUCUGCUAUAUUUUUGAAAUGCAUUUUCAUGUCAACCCACCCAUGUUAUC